GCGCGCGCGCAGAGCCGAGAUUCGGCGUUUCCUGACCUCCGUUCCGUUUUUUCUUUCCCGGAAAAGCGGUGCGAGCGAAACUGUCAGCGAGGGAGUACCACCCACAGCCGCCUGGUCUCGGGAGAGGGAAGCCGGCGCGGGGAACGAACGAGUUGUGGGUCUGCGGCAACUGCCGGCCAAGGACUGCAAGCUUAUAGAAGGGAAGAAGCGACCCUCCCGCGGAAAUGGACAGCAGUGUGACAGAGCAUGGAAAUGUGAGGAUCAUCACUCAAACAGUCCCACAGACAGGUUCUCUGCCAACACUGGCAGCUACAGUCAGAGUGGUUGGCUCUGCUUCUGCAGCAUCUAAGUUCCUACUAACCCAUAACAAAAAGAUCAAGAAUACUCUGCUCAAUGUGAUUGGGAUCAUGCAGAUCAUUUUUGGAGUUACCCAUGUGAGCUUUGGCAUUGCCCUGACAGCAGCUCAACAAAGCUUCACCGUCACUGUGCAAAGUGGCAUUUACUUCUGGAUUGGGAUCCUGCUCUUGAUCACUGGGUCCUUGUUGAUAGAAGUUGAGAAAAGACAAUCUGAUCUGCUAGUGAAAUCUGCUUUCUUUGUCAACGUGAUAUUUUGUGUAGUUGGACUGGUUGCAAUAAUCCUACAUGGUAUUGAGAUUGCACAAACUGUUAAAGAAGGAAACCCAUGUGACUCAAAUCCCAGUUUUUACUGCCGAAAUUAUUAUCAGAUUCUGUCCUUUGGCCUGAACUCUGUGUUCCUCAUCUUUGUGCUUCUUGAAGUAUCCAUAGCUAUCGUGGCCAUAAGUAGACUCAGGACUCAAAAGCAAGAGAGCUAUCAACCAAUGGCAUGAAGACAAGUGGUUCCUCUUCUCUGUCACACAAUGCUGAAUAUUUACUCUAGAUGCUUCCCUGGCUUGAAGCAAUAUGAGUGUGAGCUUCCAAUCUUUACCUUUCCAGUAAACCUUCCCUUCCCUUGCUAAAUCCCCAAAAUCUGCCUCAACCUAGAAAUGGAAAACAAGUUUUGUGUUUGUUUAUUAUGAGCUUCUUCUAUACAGGGCAGCCACCAGUUUAUCCUAAAUGCAAGGCCUGUCACAUUCCCCGUGUUAUGAAACAUCCUAUGUAGUUUCAUCAGUGUUCAUAUCCUGAAAAGCACCAAUCGUGAUGUGUGCUGGCGGUUCUAAAUUUUAUAAUACAAGGGUUCUACCAUCACUUCCUUCCAUUUGUAACUCUUUGGGGUUUUCAUGAAGAAGAGACAGAUUAUUUGAAAGUGUUUUCCUCUUCCCCACCAUAAGAGGCCAUCUAUUUGGAAUCGCCUUUAAAUUUGUAUAUUUUCCUCUGUAUGUUUGUACGAGAGAGAGCUUUUUCUUAGUAGGCUUUCUGAGUUUUUUCAACUUCACUUUUCUUUUUUAUACAUAACUUAAAAUUUUAAGAUGACAGAAACUAUCAAGAACUAACGUUUAGAAUAAAAAGGAAGAAAGAAAAGAAAUAAGAAAGGAAACAGAAAAAUUGCAGAAAAGAAAUAUAAAGAAAUUAUUUCUGAUUUUAUAGAGCUGUGGGGUGCAGUGGUUCAAAUGCAGUAUUGCAGGUCUAACUCACUGCUCAUUCCAGGAGUUCGAUUCUGGCAGGCUCAAGGUUGACUCAGCCUUCCAUCUUUCCGAGGUUGGUAAAAUGAGGACCCAGAUUGUUGGGGGCAAUAGGCUGACUCUGUAAACUGCUUAGAGAGGAUUGUAAAGCACCGUGAAGCGGUAUAUAAGUCUAAGUACUAUUGCUAUUGUUAUUUUUAUAGUAAUUCUAAGCAUAAAUGUACAUUAAGCUUUUACCCUAUAGUUACAACACUGUUUACAUUUUUUAAUAAUUAUUUUAUCUUCUAAUCAUCAAAACCAUGUAUGGUAAUUUCUUUUUUUUUUUUUCUUUUUGUUUCACAUAAAAAGUCCAUAAAGGUUUCCAAUCAGCACUGGGCUGUACUAUAAGAAAUGCAUUGAUUAGGAGUCAGAAAGGUAAUUUGUACUGAAAACAGAGAGAGAAUUGUUCUGUUAAAUUAGUUUAUUUUUGUUGCCCCAGGGUUGAGUUUAACCUUAUUUUAUUAAAGUAGUAAAAGAGAAUGGGAGAUAUGUUACCAACUAAUUACCAGGAGGUGCUGCCUUUAGGAAAAAAGGAAACUACCCCUGCCAAAGGAAGAAUCAUUCAGAGAUGCAACCUAUCAGGAACUUGAACCAAAUUUCUUAAACCCUGAUCACAUUGUGAUAUGAUACAGAAUUAUUUCUGAAGCAAAAGAAAACAAAUGGUUAUUGGCUGGUUUGUGCAUUCAGCAGAAAAAGAAUAGCCUAAACACUUAUCUUGGUCCAUUAUAUGCCAUUUACUUUAGUAUCUCCACUUUCUGUAGCAAAAGCUUAGCAUUUAAUUCUAAUGAACACAUUAAAUGGUCCAUAGAUCCAAUUUAUCCACUCAGAUUAUAAUUUCUACUUUUAUCAGAUCAAAUUUUCUGCUGUUUCACAAGGUCUUGGUUAUUUUGCCUUCACAAACUAUUUCCAUAUGAAAUGCUUACUUUUUAAUUUAUCUGUUUUAGAGAAACUUUUGUGCCCACUCUGCUUCUUAGAAGUGCCCGCCCAUGAUUAAAUUUCACAGAUGAUAAAUACAGAGGUGAUACCAGGCCCAAAACUAAGAAUGACGUGGUGAUCCUUUCAAACUGAAUUCUUUAUUAUUUCAUACUUAUUGAAAGAAUCUUGCCAGAUUGAGGACGCUACUAUUUGCAUCUACCAUAUGCUAUGUGAACAAUUUUAGAGAAGGGCUGUUUUCACCCUCUUUUUCUCAACGUAAUAUUUGGACUGAGUUGUCUCUUAACAUCUCUGGAUUGCAUCCUUUCCCUCCUAGAUUUCAUGACAUCUAUUGCAAGCACUUUGAUGCAAACCUUAUUAUGUUUACAGCUUUAUUUGUAAAGCUAUGAAACAAAGAACCAUUUCACCAAGUAAUCUGUGCUUCAACUCAAAAUCAUCAUGAAUUUUAGGGAGUUUAUCUCUUUCGUAAUAAGACAGAUCCCAGAGUGACUGUAUAGCUGCAUGUAGUGUUUGUUCAAACAUUGUGAGUACUUCCAUUUGUACUGGUUUUUUUUAAAUAUUGAAAAAGGUGCUUCUUGUAAUGGAAAAAAGUGAAACAAGUGCCUUUAGAUUUCUGAACUAUGUAAAUAUGGCUUGUCAUAUUCACGUUGAUAUUUGCAUUGAAAUAACUAUUAACAGUUGCAUUAGUAUUACUUUGCAGAAUGUAUGUUAAUAUUUGUAUAAUUAUCAGAAAUAUUUCUUGUACUUAAUGUAAGUCAAUUUUCUAGUCUCUUAUUAGGAUUAUGUAAAUAUCCAGCUCUGAAAGGAAAACAUGAUUUAUGGAAUGUGUGCCUGCAUUUGUAGCACUUGCUGGGAAUAGUGUAAAUUAAAUCAUCUUUUCCCA